AUGCUACUAUCGCCCUUCUUCUUGGUGAGCUGGCUCUCUGCGGCCGUGUUCGCCGAGCUUGUCCUUCACGAUGGCGGAUUCACACCGGACCAUGUUCUGAGGGUAUCUCUCGCUAGUGUACCUUCGGCCUGCGAGACUCGCGAGGACGUGGUAGUCAAUGGAACGACUCCUGGCCCGGCACUUCGGAUCCCCUCUGGCGCAACAACCUGGAUCAGGGUCUACAACGACAUGACUGCCCAGAACCUCACAAUGCACUGGCACGGGCUGUCACAACGCUUUGCACCCUUUUCCGACGGAACUAUAGGCGCCUCUCAAUGGCCCAUUCCCCCUGGACAUUUCUUUGACUACGAAAUUGCUACGGAGCCGGACGAUUCCGGCACGUACUUUUAUCACUCGCAUAUUGGUAUGCAGGCCUUGAGCUGUGCCGGCCCGCUCAUUGUCGAAGAGUGUUCCCAGCCGCCGUACGACUACGACGAUGAGCGGAUCUUGAUGUUCGAAGACCAUUUCCAAAAGACAGACAGCGAUCUGAUGAGCGGCCUCUCGGCCGUGCCAUUUACCUGGACUGGAGAGACCCUUGGGAUUACGCUAAACGGAAGGGGCGUUUCUCGGAAUCAGACUGCCGUCCAAGGUCCGGGAGGCGACGCCAACGGGUUCUUUGGUAGCCGCCGCGUGUUCACGCAAUCUGAUCUGGGCUCUGCAACGGACUCCUUAGAGGGCGUGGUGGAUGAUGACCACAUCACGCCCCCUACGGACUGCACGCUCCCAGUCAUUGACGUCGAGCCCGGCCUGACGUACCGGUUCCGUUUCAUCGGCUCCACCGGCUUAUCUUUCAUCAGCAUGGGCUUCGAGGGCCAUAAAGACUUGACCAUUGUGCAAGUCGACGGAGGUGAAUACAGCGAGCCGGUACCGGUUGAAUACAUUCAACUCGGCGGUGGCCAGCGGUUCGAUGUCCUCUUCCAAGCCAAAACCCAUGAGGAACUUAGACACGACAACAAGAAUUCCUAUUUCCUGCAAUUUGAGACGCGCGACCGCCCAGACCCUUACACUGGCUACGCUGUGCUCCGGUACAACCUCUCGUCCGCUGUUCCCCCUGCCCCUUCUGCUCCAGUUGUCACUCUUCCCGCGGAGGCGAACAAUUGGCUCGAGUAUACCCUCCAACCUCUUGAUCGGGCCACCAGCAACUUCCCCACGGCCGACGAAGUCUCGCGCCGGGUCAUCCUCCAGGCCGAGGAGAAGAUUGACCCCAAGUCUGGCCGCCUGGUGUGGGAGCUCGCUCACAUGUCGUGGAGCGAGACGUCCCGCGACCGGCCGGUGCUCGUGGACAUUUACGACCGCGGCCAAGCGGCCAUCCCCGACCAGCAGGCCGCAGAAGCCAACUACGGCUGGGACCCGGCCAACCGGCUGUACCCGGCGCAGCGGGAUGAAGUGGUGGAGAUUGUGAUCCAGAACACGGGGUCGCAGUUCAGCGGAGCACUCGGGAUGGUGGAAACCCAUCCUUUCCAUGCGCACGGGGCUCACUUCUAUGACAUCGGCGGUGGCCCCGGAGUGUACGAUGCGGAGGCGAACAAUGCGAAGCUGGAGGAGCUGGGGUACACGCCGGUGCGGCGAGACACGACGAUGGUAUACCGGUAUGGGGAGGGCAAGACGGAACCGGGCCAGCCGGCGGGCUGGAGGGCCUGGCGGGUGAGGAUGGAGCACCCAGGAGUGUGGAUGAUUCACUGUCAUGUCUUGGCGCACAUGAUCAUGGGCAUGGAGACCAUCUGGGUGGUCGGUGACGCCGAGGACAUUGUCACGAUUCCGAUGACGGUGAGUCGGAACUAUUUUGUGUAUGGCGGCAGUGUGUACGGAAAUGACACGCAUGCGCCCGAGGUCUAUCAUUAUUUUGACGGAACAAACAACUCGGCUUUUGAUGAUAGCGAUGAUGACCAACAGGGCUGGGAGGAGGAAGGAGAUGUGGAAGGCGACAAACAGGACUGGGAGCAAGAAGGGGAUGCGGAGGAGUACGAAUAUGAAGAUGCCGAACUGUUUGGGGACGGGGACGAGGAAUAA